UGUUUUAUAAAAGAGCAACUUCAAAAGUUCACAAACGACGAACAUUGCUUGGCGUAUUGUCGUGCCAAGAUUGCUUUGUAGCUGUUUAUGUUUCGCGAUGGGGUUAACAUGUAAAGUUAUUUAUUCGUGGCUUUUGAUAUUUGUGUUUACCGUUCAACUGUUUGCACAAGAAGAUCCAGACACAGUCGUCAUCGAAGGUCCACCUGAGGUACGCAAACAAAAAAGUGCCAGACAAACAUUUUUAAUACCUGCAAAUGUAAACUCCAUUCCAUUGGCAACAACAGGACCUUGUUUCACCGGGAAAGGUGUUUUGGGCAAGUGUACAUCCUUUAGACAAUGUUAUCCAUAUUUCAAAGUUCCCGAGUUGAAUAAUUUUGAAAGCUGGAUUUUAGGAAUGUACGAUACAUGCAGUUAUUACACAGCACAAGGUAGACAGAUGUUUGGCGUUUGUUGUACGAACCUUGGACAACAACCAGUACAAAACGCAACUUCUGAGGAACCGAUAGAGAAUCAGAAUUCUCUUUACAACAGUGCCAACCUCAACGAGAUUCAUUUAUCGUUUUAUCCCCAAAUAACCAACUGGCCGCCACCGAUCCCCACCCACCCUCCGGAUCACACCAUCCCGCCGCUACCGACUCAUCCCCCGAGUCCGGGAUACCCGACCUUACCGCAACCCGUGGCCACCCACCCCCCUCCGACUGCCAAGCCGCCUGUGGCGGUGUGGCCGCCAACCAUCAGACCCACCAGACCGCCGGUAAUCACCGCCAAACCCCCGACGGUACCAACGCAGCCGCAGCCGCCGCCGUCCGGAGCUUGCGGGGCUAAAAAUGGUUACCAAGAUCAAGAGCGAAUUGUGGGUGGACACAACGCGGAAGUCGGAGAGUGGCCUUGGAUAGCGGCGCUUUUUAACGGCGGCAGACAGUUCUGUGGAGGAUCCUUAAUUGAUAAUAUUCACAUUCUGUCGGCGGCUCACUGCGUAGCCCAUAUGAGUUCUUGGGAUGUGGCGAGACUGACGGUGAGGUUAGGCGACCACAAUAUUAAAACAAGCACCGAAAUUAGGCACGUCGAGAAAAGGGUUAAACGAAUUGUACGACACAGAGGUUUUGACCCUAGAACGUUGUAUAAUGAUAUUGCGAUUUUGACACUGGAUAGUCCUGUGCAGUUUUCUCAACAAAUAAGGCCGAUUUGUUUACCUUCGGGAGGUAGCGAUUUUGCGGGACAAACAGGUACUGUUAUUGGGUGGGGAAGUCUGCGAGAGAGCGGUCCACAACCAGCUGUGUUGCAAGAAGUUAAUAUACCCAUUUGGAGCAAUAGAGACUGCAAACUGAAAUAUGGGCCUGCGGCUCCUGGUGGCAUCGUUGAACACAUGUUAUGUGCAGGUCAAGCUGCCAGAGAUUCGUGUAGUGGCGACAGCGGAGGGCCUCUCAUGGUAAAUUCCGGAAAAUGGACGCAAGUGGGAAUCGUGUCUUGGGGAAUAGGCUGCGGUAAAGGACAAUACCCAGGCGUUUACACGAGAGUAGAAAAGUUUCUCCCAUGGAUAAACAAAAAUUUAAAAUAACGAAUUGUAUAAUCUUUAUACAUAAACAAUUUUGUAACGAAUAAUAGCUUAAUUUUUGUUAAUAAAGAGGUUCUCAUCUACUAUAAUUAUA